AGUACCUCCUUUGUCAACUUACGUUCAGAUUCGCACACCUGUCAUGGCUGGACUCCAGAUGCGCCACGAGGAUGUCAACAUUGAACUUGACCCCCAUCUUCUUUCCCUCUUCGUCGACCGACAGAUAACUGCAAUCGCCUCUUCACCUUCCGGCAUGGAUGGCGACUACAUCAGUCCAAGCUCAUACCAGUUGACAACAUACCUUCGGAUUGCAUCUGUAUCGAUCGCACUCUACGAGUAGGUUCAACGGGUGAUCGACCUCAAACCAGUGACAAGCACUCAGAUAUUGUUUAGCUUCCUCGAAACUGCCCCGAGUACCUGUAGGUAUAUUCGAGAACAGUGGAAUGCUCCUCACAUGACUGCCUCGUUCAGUCUUUUUCUCCUUAUUCAAUUCACAAGCAUAGCGACCCUCGCUCUUUCGAAUGUCGGAUACUUCUAUUCCCAUUUCACUGAGCGCUCUUGCUCUCACUACUAUUUAAUACCCUCAAUUUUCAAAGUCAUACAAUCCACGGUAUCUCAAAUCAUCCUUGGUCUCCGUGCCUUCAACCUUUCACGGAGAUCUCGAUUAGUUGGAGGCUCACUUCUAGUUUUAUUGAUAGCCGCUACCGCUUUGGAAGGCUUGACUAACCUCUACCAUCGAACUGCGGUUCUUGAUCCUCAGUUUGGAAACUGCCGAGGUGUGUUCCAGAUUAUGCAUCUAGGAGCAUGGAUCUACUACGUCGUUGCCAUAAUAUACGACUUGACAACCUCAACAAUCUGCAUGGUCUACCUGAAUAAGUAUAAGACGGCUUCGAAUUCAUUCUUUGCCAAAGUGACAAGAAUGAUGUUUUAUGACGGAAUUGGAUAUUUCACAGCCCUCACCUGCGUCAACAUCCUCAAUCUUGUUAUAUAUCGGGCGUCUCAAGACAUACAAACUGCAGCUGCCUCUCUCGGAUACUGUAUGACGUGGAUCAUGUCCAAACGCCUCAUCAUCCAUUUACAUGAAAUAUCCAUGAAGAGAAGAAUCGAUACUGCUGCUGACGCUGCAUCGAGUUCAACCUCACAAAGUAUCAGCUCGGUGUACAGCGUGAGUCAUGUAGUUCGGACACAGUUCAAGCCAAAAGCAUCGACGGUUAGUCUCGAUUUGACUAUUCCAGACUUCGAUCUGGAGGAUGUGGAACUAGGGACCGAUUGGGCUGAAGAUGGGAGUGCGCAUGUGAGGGUGGAAAAGACUGUGCAGGUCGAGCGACGAUCUAGGAUGGUUUAUGAAUUGGGAGAUGAUAGUAUUAGUCCUGGCCCUUCAUUAUCGCGUCCUCGAUGACAGGUUUUGGGAUUUUUUGGUCUUGAGAUUUUUUGCUCUACCGCGAACGCGUUGACCUUGAGAGUAGAGUAAUCAAUGAUUGUCUACCGAAGCACCGUAGAUGCAUUGAAGGUAACACGAAUCUCCAGUGAAAUUCCGGUGAUCGGCGGAAUUCAAAGGUGGGACGCGGACGGACUGGAAAUCUGCAAACAAUCAUAAUUGGCCCGAAUACCUUGAUAGGAUGGAUGUUUGCUGUGCUAUCUAAUCCUAGUAUUCCCAAAGCAGCUCUAUGAAGUGGUCGGGUAAAAACGAGAAACCUUAUUCACUAGGCCCCCUAUUACUCUGAUAUUGCUCACAGUUCUCCCCUGGCUACUACCAAUAUUUUGAUGUUACUUGUACCCGGUACAGGGCAUCCUGUCACGAAGCGGCAGAGGCGGAGUGACUAA